UAUUAUUAUUUUUUUAUUCUCCCCCUCACCUCCCUCCCAAUAAUCCCAGCAUCCCCUGCUAGGGAGCAGCGGCGCUGGAGAGGAGGGAGGCGAUGCGAUGCCGCCAGCCCCCUGCCCGCAGCUGCGGGGAUGGAUGGAUAGAUGGAUGGAUGGAUGGAUGGAUGGAGGCAGCCUCCGGCCGGGGCACUGCAGCGGAGGCCCAGCUGCUGCCUGCGAGGAGGGCACGGGCUGGGGACGCGUGCCAAGGCUGCAGCGAGCGAGGAGUAACAGGAGUGCAUGCGUGGGAGGGCAAACACACACACACACACACACACAAAUACAUGUGUGCCAUCGGCGUCAAGCCUCCCCCCUGCUCCCGCUCCGCGUCAGACUGAGCCCCCCCCCGGCUGAGCACUGGCUGCGGGGGGAUGUGGGCACCCACGUUGUUUGUGAGAUGGGAAUCGCUGUGUGUUCCUGCUGGGGUGGCAUGGGCUGGCGCAGCCCUGUCCUUGUGAGUUUUGCUCUCUGGGCGAGCGUGACAAGGGUGAUGGGGAGUGUGCGUCCGCUGCGGCUCUGGGCUUCCUCAGGGAGGGAGCGUGGAGCGGGAGGGAGAGGCGCUCGGUGCCUUGGUCCAUGGGCUGCAGUUCUGGGAGCGCUGCCUGAUUCCAGCACCACAGCUGGGGUCUGGUGUGUCCCCUCCAUCCUAGGGGCCACUGUGUGGGUGCCAAGCACCUCCCUUCCCCACAACAACCCCCUAUUUACCUCUGGAUCACUCCCCUAAAGUGGGAAGUUUGAGCCCAUGAUAGCACUCGAGUCACCAGGAGCCCUCAGCCCUGUGCAAACAGCAUUCCAGAUCCCCACCUACUCCCAUCCAUCCCUCUUUGCCCACCUACUCCCGUCCCUCUUUACCCUGCCACAGCAGGACAUGAGUCAGCGGGGACUUCUCAGCCCCCUUCCCUAAGGGUGACCCACGGGUCCCUGCCUAGAAGUGGUGUUUGAGUCCAGCUGCAGCCUGUGACUUGUGAGUCACUGGCAAGACCCUGGUGCUGGAGCCAGCUCCUCUGGGAGAGUUGAAAUCUUGUAGGAUCUUCCAUUGCUUGACCCUUAGACAGCAAAGAGCUGUCUCAAAGGGGAGGGAAAACCCACAAGCUUCUCACCUUCCAGCACUCCCCCAAUUACCAGAGCUCCCUGUGCACAGCUGUAGCAUCUGUGUUGUGCUUUCAGCCCUGUGGUGGUGCUGGGAAAGCACCCUCUGGGCUGGGGAGGGAGGGGAAGAGCCUGGUGUGCUGCUCCUGGAGAGACCAUAGUGAUUUAACGCAGCCUUUGGACAAUGGCUGAGGGAAUGGGGGACGGGACCUAAAAGCCCCCCGAAGAUUUACAGCCCCUCUGUGCCCUCGGGUGAUCUUGCAGCAGUGGCAAGAAGGGCACUGCAAGGUACAGCAUUCCCUGCACAUGAGGGAAGCCAGUACCUGCACGGCUUGUUUAUCAAUGUCCUGGAUACAGCAAUUAUCUCCUUAUGGGAAGGGUUCUGGUAGCUGCAGGUGAGCUCUCGCCUGGUUCCCAAUGCUGUGGCCCCACUCCUGCCUCCUGUGUCCACCUAUGGUCCGAGGCACAGCUGGAGCUCAUCUCCAUCAGAGGUGCGCGGGGCAUCAGCAUCCCUCCAUCCACAUACUGGUAAAGUUGGAAAAAGAGGGAUCUACCUGUGUGGCACACAGGGAUCACCCUGGCAAGGCGGUCAGGAAGGGGAGGUAGAAGGCAAUGGGUGCACCUGCACUACAGGAGCUGCCCACAGCUGUAACUGUGGGCCUCGUGCCCGCCAGGGGAUGGGGACAGCUGGGGUGUGGGGGCUGCUCGAUGUGUAGGCUGCAAUCACAGCUGCCCUCGGUGUUUGUAGGUGUGGAGUUGGUGUUUGUGAUUCUCCUCCGCCUUGUUUAUCCUCUUCCUGUUCCCACGCACACCGGGUGAUGCACGGUGUGACUCUGUGGCCAGCUUGGUGUCACACUGCAUCGUGUGUCCUCAUGGGGCGGUUGUGUGAGGCUCAGGUGAGUGUUUUGGUGCAUGCAGUGAGGUCCUGCUGGGUUUGUUUACGUGAGCGUGGGCCCUUCUGUAGGGCUCAUGGCUGCGGUAAGCUUGCUGUCUGUACACUGCCACAAGUACAGGCGUCAGGAGCUGCUCAGGACAGUGUGCGGGGAUGUUGCUGUGUGUGUGAAGGACACUUUAGUUCAGAUGAAUUUCCCUCCCUGACCCUCCCUUGCUUGGACCUGUCAGCAGGCAGAGAUAAACUCAGUCUCAUGGCAGGGCUUAUGGCUGAGUUCUCAGCGUCCUGUGCCCGAGCCUCCUCCUGUCUGCCAAACAGCAUCCUCAAAGUGCACCUGCCAUCCAAAAUUGAUAUUUUUCUUUUUUUUUUUUUUUUUUUUUUACCCCCCUCAUGCACUGGAUUGUAAAAGUGGGGGGAAGCAGCCGGAAAAUGUGGUGAUGGAUGGAUGGGGCACACUGGGCCAGCACUCAUUCCUACAGGCUGGCGAGGUUUGAGGUGGGGUUACUGGCUCUAAAAUGGGCCCUUUGUACAUUGUUGGAGCCUGUGACCCAAUCAGUGGGACGUGGCUGGAGGAGGUGGUGCUAAUGAAGACUGGCACAGCUGACAGCAGCCAGCAGGGGGGGGGGGGGGGGGGGGGGGGGCACCAGCUGGUACAGUGUGAGGUGCCUGGAAGGGCUGCUUCAGGUUAUCAGCCCUGCCUGUAGAGAACUGUACCAUCAUGGAGGCUGGAAAAGACAUCUAUGAUCAUCCAGUCCAAGCAUCGACCCACUGUGACUGUGCACGGUGGGGCUGUGGGGUCAGGAGUGGGGUGCUCAGGCAGUUUGGGGAGCAUGAUGCUGGCCUGGGGGAGUGCCCCGUGGCUGAGCUGGGGGUUGCCCAUAACUUCCAUUCUGCCCUAUUCACCAUGGCUAUUGCUUCCCUCUCCAUCUGCUGCCCCAUCCCAGCAGCACCCCGCUGCUGUCCCCUGGCAUGCCAACCCUUGCAAGCUGGGCCAGGGUUAGUGAGCGGAGUCACUCUGCCAUCCAUCCCUUUGGGUCUUUUGGUUAAUUUCUGUCUUGGGGUGUUGCUCCGCGUGUGCUUUGCAUGAUAGCAGCACUGCAGCGAGCGGGCUCAAGGCACACCGAGAGACCAAUGCAAAUCAGUGCUGCUGCGGAACGCCUUCAGCAGCUGCGAUCUAACGCAGGGAGCUGCUCCGCUGACUUUAUCUGCGUUAGGAUCCCCUGUUUCAGCUCUCAGAUAGUGGAGCCCAGCAGACAGCAGCGAGGCACUGAAGGGAGCCCUGUUCCCUGAUGCAGAGCCCUUUAAGGCUGAGGAGGAAGGUAAGCUGCAGCCCUGUGAUUUUCAGUUGAGGCUGAAGCAAGGGUGAUGGCAGUGCUUUCAGUUCCUCCUCUGCCAGCAUGGAUGCUUUUGGCUGGGCACUGGGGAGGAGGAGGAGGACAGAGCUCCCUGCAGACGAAGCACGUUGGGCACGGCCCCAGCUAAGAGCCUGCGGGAGCAGGAAGAGGUAGGGGCUGCGGGUGAGCCCUGUGCCCAUGGAGCUCACAGUGUGGGGCAGGCAAACACGGGCGGGUUGGGUGAGCGGUGCCCUGGGGUGAUCAGCAUGAGCUGUUUCCUCGAUGAACACACUCCGUUACUCUAUGCCUGCCCCGCAGCCCCUCUCUCUGUGCCUCGCUGUCCUACGCAGCUGGGGAGGACCGCGGGUCCUGCUUCCCUCCCAGGGACGUGUGAGGUCUUUGGAGAAGAGGUGGCCCAAAGAAAUGGCUGUUUCCCUAUUGGGUGUCCCCAAAUACCUCCUGUCACGCUGCUUGUGAUGCAAGCAGCCACUGUGUUCCCGUAUAUGCGCCAUUGGCACUGAGCCUCCGUGGCCUCAAAUUCCCCAUCUCGCAGCAACUUUUGGAGCAAGGGUUGACCACACCUGUACCCAGCCUGGCCAGGGGGGGAUGAUGGGAUUGCUUUUGCAUAAUUUAGCAGUCUCUUGAAUUAUUUAUGGUGCCAUUGUGCUCUGGAACAGAGUCUUCUUGCUUCCCGUGAGCGCUGGGGGGGAGGGAAGGGUGUUUGUCAGGCAUCCAGGUCCUAUCACUGAGCAGUGAGGAAGUGCUGUGGGUUUCCCUUCUGGCCCUGUUUGUCUGCAUGUGCCUUAGUGCAGCUGAGUUGCCCUGCGGAUGCUCUUGUUUAAAAAAAAAAUGCAGUUUCACUUUCUGCAUCGUUUGGGUUUGGAGCAUCUCUGUGGCGUGGCCUCCCUGAGCUCAGAGCGCUGUUCUUGCAGUGGGGACAUGAUGUCAGGCUGGAGAUGGUGAAUCUGAUGCUUGAAUCUGGUCCCUGACUCAAUUACAGGGCCAUACAGUGCAGCUGGGAUGGACAUCACAGGGCAAUAUUGAUGGUAGGUGGAUGGUUGGACUAGAUGAUCUUAGAGGUCUUUUCCAACCUUAAUGAUUCUAUGAUUUCAAAAUAUUCAGAUGCUUGAGACCUUUUCUUUUUUGAAAGACCACGUAGUCCUGCCCAAGCGUUUCUUAUCAGUACAUCAGAUUCUGCAAGGUGUUCAAAACGUGGCUGUGGUCCCCUCUGCCCUGCACCUCCUUCCUGUUCCCCAUGGGGUGCUGAGAUAUGAGAUUUUAGUGCCUUCCUCUUCUUUCUUUCUGGCAUGGCUGAGCAAGAAGCUAACUUCUUAGAAACAGAAUUCAAGAUAAAUGUUUAUGUCACUGAAUACAUGAAAGGGGAAAGGAACUUGGUCUGUGAUCAAGCAGUUGCGGCAUUAACUGCCCUGUAUUGUACUGUUGAACCGAAGGGCUCAGCUUCCCUGUUUUCAUCUGUGUGAUGUCAGAUUGUGCCUUUUGCGUUGGGGAGGAGCUGGCCAGAUAACCACCAGAGACCCCUGCUGUGUGGUUCCACCUGAGUCUUCUCAGCCUAAGAUAAACCCUUGCUCUCCUCUUCAUCCUUCCCCGAGACAUAAGGCAGUCUUGGGGAAGAAUCACAGAAUCAUUAAGGUAGGAAAAGACCUCUAAGAUCACCUAGUCCAACCACCAGCCCAUCCCCACCAUGCCCACUGACCAUGCCCUCGGUGCCACAUCCACACGGUUCUGGAACACCUCCCUGGGCAGCCUGUGCCAGUGCAGCACCGCUCUGAGAAGUUUUUCCUAAUAUCCAACCUGAACCUCCCCUGGUGCAACUUGAGGUCAUUCCCUCUCAUCCUAUCUCUGUUACGUGAGAGAAGAGGUCGACCCCCACCUCACCACAACAUCCUUUCAGGUCCUUGUAGAGAGCAAUGAGGCCUGCCCUGAGCUCCUCUUCUCCAGACUGCACAACCCCAGCUCCCUCAGCCACUCCCCAUCAGACUUGUGCUCCAGACCCCUCACAGCUCCACUGCCCUUCUCUGGACACGCUCCAGGGCCUCCACGUCUUUCUUGCAGUGAGGGGCCCAGAACUGAGCACAGCACUCGAGGUGCAGCCUCACAGUGCCGAAGAGUGGGAAGAGAAGUGUUACCACAGCCCAUGUGAUGUCCGCUGUGGCGUUUGCCUUCACUGAUGACAACAAGCUCUUUCUCCGUAGACCUGCUCCAUAGUCCUCUUUGCUUGGCUUAAUCUGAGGAUCAGGGCACUGCUUUGCUGUGUGAAAAGGAAUGUUUGUACAGAGAAAUAAACAUAUUGUUGAGACCCAGGACUGCUGCAAUGCCUGUAAACAAGAUCCAGCCCUCUGUGGGAGGCAGAAGAGAGAUUUAUGUGACCCUGAGCUAAGUGCAUUAGGAGGCUUUUGAUUUCAUUCCGGGAAACUGCCCCUCUUCAUGGUGCCAUAUGCCUGUUACCGGCAUAGAGCCGUUACUGACGAUUUGAUUUGUGCGGAUUUAGUCCGAGGGGCUGCCGUGCUGCAGUCAGAAGGAUUACAUGGGUAGGGGGGUGUCUCUGUGUGCCGGAGCCCGAGGUGCUCUGCAGAGCCCCGUGCUCUUUGCCCAGCCCGGAGGUGGGUGUCUGGGCUGAUCUGCUCCUGCCUUGGGGCAAGGCAUUGAAGAGCUCUCCGCCUACCGGCGCUCUCCUCCUGAAAAUAAUAACAAAGUGAAGUGGCAGCGGGGGAUCCAGGCGGCACUGUGUCGAGGUCUUGCCUAAGUCUUGAAAGAGGAAAUGAGGAACAAAGGCAGAAGAGACAAAUAAAUAAGGGUCUGUUCUUGGUCCAAGGAAAAUUCCCAUGGGAUCGUGUAACAUUCUUGGGAAGAUGCAACACUCCCGGGGCUGGAGUUGGUUUUUGAGAAGCAGAAGGGGGGAAGAAGGGGGGAGAAUGGGGUGUGGGAGGGAAUUAGGGGGUGGGAAGGAGAGGAGGAGGGGGAGACACCCAGAGAAAGCUCUCAGCGUGGAGUCAGGUUUCUCUGGCUGCUCCCGGUGAAGAGGGGUUAAUGCUUUCUGCAUGGGGUUGGCUGGUCACCAGAUAUUGAGAGAAGAGGGGGAUCUGGGGGCUGCCAAGUGGGGGACCCCUGUGGCCUGAAGGGAGGGGAAGGAAGGGGCUGGGAACGCUAUUCCAAAGAGUAAUAGAUCAGCUACUGUGGGAAAGUGAGCGCCCUGCCAAACCCCAAGUGGUUGGUGAUGGAUGGGGGAGGAAGGAAGGCGGGGAUGGAGGGCCGGUUCUUCCUUGUGGCCGCUGGGAUCUUGCUGCUGUCCGUGGCCUCUCAUUAUUUGUUGUCUUUCUGGAGCUUCUCGAUCUGACUUGGAGAGCUUUUUAUCGUGGGGAUGCACGAACAACUGCCACCCGCUUCACAGAUAACCAAAGGCAAUGUGGUUUAUUCCUGCCUUUUUGGGCCUGUGCACAAAGCCCGUCACUGUGGCAUCAGGUGGUUCUUCCUUGCAUGGUCUGGUGCAUAACUGCUAUAUGCCCUCCACUGAGUUCAGUCUUAGUUGCUCAUUUUGGUGCUGUUCUUGGGAUUCUUGACUUGCUCAGCAUAUGUGGACUGCCUGCCAGGGUCUGCUUUGAAAGCUGCUCUUCUUCCAGAUCUGUCCUUGAGAUGUUCUUCCCUGAUGCUUCCAGAAACUGGCUAGCUCACAGCAGUUGACUGGGAGCCUCACUGGAGGCUUGGUUAGAUGAACCCUGCUCAGAAGGUGGCCUGUCCCUUAGAGUGUCUGAGGAUGCAACUACAUGAUGCAACAACUUCGGUGAGAAGUGAAUAGCUGUCAUCCAGGAAGUUUCUGCUGUCAGCCACUUAUUCUCAUCCUUAGGCACUUCUAUUGAAGUUUAUUUUUAACUCAGAUUGGCUGCUGAUUUGGAUUUCCAGUGUGAACUUUCAUACUGACGGACUAGGGGCGGUGAGCCAUGAAGGUGGUGAGUGAGGAGUGAGAACCUAUGAAAACACCUCUGUGCUUCCAUAAUGCACCGCUUGGUCUCCAAAAGCGUAGUUUUUUAUCCUCAAAGUGGCCAUGCCCUGUCCCUGUCUGCAAUACAUCGAGACUAGCUGAGAAUUCUCACAUACUUCUUUGAUUAUCUCAUGGCCUCCCCAAGGACAGAAGUUCCUUUUGUGUAGUCUUGUCCCUGUUUCCUUUUGGAUUUGUGAUGGGGCAUUCCUUCCCUGUUAGAUACCAGUCAAAAAGCAACGGAACUAGCAGACUCCAUUUUGUGUUCCUGUAGCCACUGCACACGUGAAGCAGAGAGCAGCAGCAGCAGUGCUGUGUUUGGCUGGGAGAAAGGCUUUGCAUCCUUGGGUGUGUGUGUAUGUAUGUGAGCACGUGUCCUGGGACCUGAUUUUGGGGCCAAGUGGUGAUGCAGCCUCCAGAGUCAUCACAGCACUCUUCAGGAAACUAGAUGUUUUGAGGAGGCUGAGGGAGAGUCCUUCCAGGAUAUCAGGCGUAAGUGAAGGAGAGAAGAGGACAAAAGUGCUAUUUUCCCUUUAGUGGAAAGAAUGCUUAGCCUAGUGGUGCUAAGAAAUCAAAAUUGUGCUUUCUGAGAGCAUCUGAAGGAUCAGAGUGUGCUGAGGCAUCUCUAGAAUCAUGGAAAUCCCUAUAGUGGGACUAGCUUUGGUUAGAGAGAGAACAUUAGUUACAAGGGAGCCUAGUACAGCUGAAGGAUACUGAGAAGAAUAUUUGUUAGAUUCCUGUGGAGUUAGAAAUCCAGUUUGAAGUUUUCUUUAGCAUGCAGUACUAUACCCCUGUGAUGUCCAAGUAGUUCUUGGAUAAAAUUAAAUUGGUGUCUCGUAGGCCGUUAUUGGAUUUCAGUAGGGUUUUUUAGAUUUCUUUGAGCUGAUCUUCUUUUAAACUGGGGGCUGGAGAAUUAUAUAAUUAUGCUGCUAUUAGUAUUAUGUUAGUUACAGUAAGAACAAUCUGUUCAAGUGAAGGGUUUUGUAAUGGACUCUGAAGAUGUUUAGAUGUUGGUUUAUUCUGGUGACUGCUGGAAGAUCAGUCUUGAGACAGAACGCUGUCAAGAAAGACCACUUUAUCUCCAGAUCCCACGUGCUGUGUUCUGAGAGUUGAGAGCUGUGUUGUUGCAGAGUACGUAGCUGUCAAGUUGGACUCGAUGCUCCUUGUGCAUUCCUUCCAACUGGGGAUGUUCUAUGAUUCUGUCUUGCUGCGGUUGAAGAUGUGGCAUCUAAAAUAGCCAAGGCUUCCCACUGAAGAGCAGGGCAAGACACUGCCCUGUGAAAACGGUCAAAACAGUGGAAGACCGCAGAAAGUGUGGAGUUCAGAGGUACUGCUUCUCUGAAUGGUGAAGAGCUGAGCAGACACAAUAUGUAAAAAGCUCAGAUCUCUAUGUUGAGUCCAUCUUUGUUUCUCCAUUUUAGUUUCUUUAUGUACCAGAUCAUAGCUGCUGGCUUGGAGCAUUUCGGUCUCUUAUAAGAGUGCACAGAUGAGGUGAAACCUUUCUUUUUCACCACAAAUGCUACUGCUUAGUUGAAGCAUUGCAAAGCCUUGUGCGCAAACCCAGUUUUUGUGGUUGUCAUGUAUGGCGUGUGUUCUCCUUCAGUGAGAAGAGGAAGCAGUGCCUUGGUUUCUCAGUUGUGUUCUGAACAGCCUCACCUUGGCCUUGUGUAGAUUCACCCUUCAGUUUUCUUUUUUCAUCCACCUUUCUUCCUGCCUUGAUGACUCCCACUGGUGAGUGGAUGGCAAGUCUGGAAGCCAACUGCUACGGUAACACCUGACUGAGAGCAGAUACCUUAUCCUAGAAUCAUGGAAUCAUAGAAUGGCUUGGGUUGGAAGGGACCUCAAGGAUCAUCCAGUUGGAACCCCCUGCUAUAGGCAGGGCUGCCAAAAACUAAACCAGGCACUAGAUCAGGUUUCCCAGGCCCCAUCCAGACUGGCCUUGAGCAAAUGUUACUGCUUGCCCCCUUGUUGAAAGGGAAAGAAGAUAAUUAAGACAGAGCCUAGUUCUCUGUUGCCUGACCUUACUGGAAGGGUAACUGUACUGAUGGCUCGCUCCAGCUGGCUGUGCUGGCAGUGAGUCAGUGGCACCUUGUGGUCAAUUGCCUCAAAGCUGUAAAGGAAAUGCAAAGCACAAGAUAUUGCUGCUUUGCAUUAGCGCUGUGGGUAGUAGCUCGUAACGAAGGUGGCGGAAGAAUGUUGUAUUCCAUCCUUGAAAUGUGGAUGGAAGUCGAUAUGGGCCUGCCUGUGUUCAAACCACCUUGUAAUGUGACCCUGCCAGAAACUUCCUGCUAACAUCCUUGUAGCUUGCAGUCCCUGAUAACAUUAUGGCAUCCUUCACAUGAAGGAAAUGCUGAACCCUACCUACCUUCUGCUACAUUCAUGCUUCUCUUCACUUUCCCUGAUGCCCAGCUUUGUAGGAUAAUCUUCUCUUCUUAUCCUUAAGCAAAGCACAGCCCUGCUGUUCUUGAGCUCGUUACAUUUCUGUUACAAACAAAUAGUAGUUCUUCCUUCCGUUGCUGUUUGCGGAUCAAAAGCAGUCUGAGAUUUGAGUGUUUUGAGAUACUGUGACCCUGAUGAUGUAUGAUGCUCUGGGAGUGCGGGGAUGAAAGGUAGACUUAGCACUGAGUACCCCACUGUCUGGGUAUCAUGCAGCCAGUGCCCUGUUGUAUGGCCCCUUGCCAGUGUCGUCCAGAGGAGAACAUUAGGACUGGUGAAUUGCCAGCUCUUAGCUGUGCAUAUCUUUCUCUGGCUCCUUGAAAUCAGGAUAUGAUUUCAGGAUGGUAUAAAUCAACCGGUCACUUGAUAUAAUGGCAAAGUAAAACUGUAACAGGUGCCUGGGGAUAACUCAUAUGCGUUCCACUUCUAGCUUUCCUCCUCUGAAAGCCAUUCCCUUGCAUGGCAGAGACAUAUCUUCUUCAAGCAAGGAAAUAGCAAGGCUGUCCCUUUCGAAGAGGAGCUUUCUGCUCCUCUUGCUGAGACUGAAUGCUCCUGAAGCUGUUUAUAACUGCAUGUUCCCCAACAAGCUUUGCUUAAGAGGAGCUGGCUGUCCAUGCCUCUCCUAGCUUUUUCUCCUGCUUGCACUUUAAAGCUUUUAUUUUUCAUGCUGUUGUUUUUAACCUGACAGUAACUUGAUCUCUCUUCGCUUUUUUUUUCCCCUCCUCACUCAAAAUUGUCAUAAGGGAAAUGUCUCCUCUUGCUCUUUUCUGCGUUCCCAGUAACUGAUGGCUGCUUUGUGCCAGAGCAGCUGGGGUUCCUUAUGACAAGCUGAGAUGUCUCCCUGCCCGGUACCUCCUUCCUCAUUUCAGCUACACAUAAAUGUUCUGAGUGGGGAAGGUGGGUAAUAGCGCUUUCCUCCCCUGCUGGCCUUUGUCUCCAAUUAGCCACUGCUCAAAGCACAUCUUUUCCUGCAGUGCUGAUCAGAUGAUAUGGGAAGGGAUACGUGACGGUCAGCUCUCGGUGUCUCAGCCCACCCAGGGGUGGAUGAGCUCUCCACUCCCUGGCAGAGGAAUCCCUGGCAUGUGAGAACGGAGGUGGUUCCCAGGGAAGAGGUUUUUGAAGAGGACACGGCUUUAUUCUUUGCUUCCCUCCUUUUAAGAAGGGAUAAGGUGUGUGUUCAUGUUCCCACUCCUUCACAAAGACAACUGAGCAGUGAAAACUGCCUCCUGGGAAAUGUCGGCAGCAGAACAGCAGAGGGUACUGCAGGGCCAGCUUGCUUUGGCAGAGCUGCAGGGCAGGCUGCAAUUACAGGGAGGCAGUGCAGCCAAGCACGGGCUGAGGAGCUGCAGAGCCUUGUGCUGAGCCUGACGGACAGUGAUGUAUGCAAAUGUCAAGUGAGGAAAAUAAGCUCUGCUUCCUCAAACCGUGUGUCCUGCUAGGUUGACAUGGCACACCAGAGCCCAGAAAGUGAAGCAGUUUGUUAAAUGUCAGGAGCUACAAACUCCGUUAGGGAGUUUCCCAUGGCAUGUGGAGCAUUGCAGCCAUCUGGGAAGAAGUUGGAGACCUGCUGGGCGUUACUCCUUCAGCUCUCGUCCUCUGUGCUGGGCUAGCUCAGAAGAUGCUGGCUGCCAUGCAUUUGUGUCCUAUAGGAACCUUACUGGAGCAGGAAGUCCUUCAUCUCGCCUGAGCCUCGGUGACCUGAUGUCUGGAGGUAACACCUUGGAGAAAGUACGGGAUGCCCAACUGGAGAGAGCUGCACUAAUGUACCAGCAAGGGAUGUCUUCUAGCAGCCUCUGCUCACUGUCUUUCCAGAUUCCUUGUGCUCUUCUCUUCCCCAUAUCUCAGGAUGGAGCAAAACUGAUGUUGCAGAAGGAAGAGGUGCCAGAUACUCCUUCUUGGUACUGUGAGUAGUCCUACUGCUCCUAAAAGACAUUAACAAAGACUUUAAGACAAAUAGAAUACCCUGGGCACAAUGAGAUGCCCUUGGGUUUCUAUAGCCCCUUGCUUUACCCCCGUGAAGAACGCCUGGGCAAGAGCAAGAUGGUCCUUUACAGCUUCAGAGAAGGGAACAGUGCCAGGCCCUCCAUCGCUGGAUCACCUCAGAGGUGGCCUCUCAUGAGCUAGGCCACGGCCAAGCUGUGGUGUGACCCUCCACUGUGCUGUGUCGAAAUAUAUCAGAAGCAAAUCCUGCAACUCUUCCACUGGCUUCAGGCUUGCAGUCUCCAUUUUUACGGUGAGAUAACACCAUGAACAAGGGAGUCCUCAUGCCACAGCCAGAAUGCAGGGGAUGGCGUUGGCGAAUGUCCUAAAGAUGUCACUAAAAAGGCAACAGUGAAGCUUCUAGAAAUGCUUGCUGCUGAACUGUAAGGAUGAAGAUGAGACGCCAUAAGCUCUUUCUGACUCUCUGCAUGGCUGGUCUCUGCCUCAUCUCCUUCUUGCACUUCCUGAAGGCCCUUUCCUAUGUCACCUUCCCCCGGGACCUGGCUUCACUUAGUCCCAACCUCGUCUCCAGCUUCUUCUGGAACAAUGCCCCCGUCACGCCACAGGUUAGCCCUGAGCCGGGGGGUGCAGAGUUCCUCCGCACACCCCUGUACUCCCACUCUCCCUUGCUCCAGCCCCUGCCACCCAGCAGAGCCAGCGAAGAGCUGCACAAAGUCGAGUUUGUGCUGCCGGAAGACACGACGGAAUAUUUUGUCCGAACCAAAGCUGGUGGUGUCUGCUUUAAACCAGGUACCAAGGUGUUGGAGAAGCCACUGGUGGGAGGGCGGCCGGAGGAGCGUGCAGAUGGUGCAGCCUCAGGGCGGCCUGCUCGCAAGCCACUGAGCGCCGGUGGGACCAAGCGGCGCAAGUGGGUGGAGUGUGUGUGCUUGCCGGGCUGGCACGGCCCCAGCUGCGGCGUUCCCACCGUGGUUCAGUACUCCAACCUGCCCACCAAGGACCGCCUGGUGCCACGGGAGAUCCCUCGGCGGGUCAUCAACGCUAUCAACAUCAACCAUGAGUUUGACCUGCUGGAUGUCCGCUUCCACGAGCUGGGAGAUGUGGUGGACGUCUUUGUGGUGUGCGAGUCGAACUUCACGGCCUACGGAGAGCCACGGCCCCUCAAGUUCCGCGAGAUGCUCCUCAACGGCUCCUAUGACUACAUCCGCCACAAAGUGCUCUAUGUCUUCCUGGACCACUUCCCUGCUGGUGGCCGCCAGGAUGGCUGGAUCGCCGACGAUUACCUGCGCACCUUCCUCACCCGAGAUGGUAUCUCUCGCCUCCGCAACCUGCGCCCGGAUGAUGUCUUCAUCAUCGAUGACGCUGAUGAGAUCCCAGCCCGUGACGGUGUGCUCUUCCUCAAGCUCUACGAUGGCUGGACAGAGCCCUUCGCCUUUCACAUGCGCAAGUCUCUCUACGGCUUCUUCUGGAAGCAACCGGGCACCUUGGAGGUGGUCUCAGGCUGCACUAUGGGGAUGCUCCAGGCUGUCUAUGCUACCGAUGGGAUCCGACUGCGGCGCCGUGAAUACUACACCAUGCCUGGCUUCCGGCAGUAUGAGAACAGUACAGGACACAUCCUGGUGCAGUGGUCGCUGGGCAGCCCCCUCCACUUUGCUGGCUGGCACUGCUCCUGGUGUUUCACCCCAGAGGGGAUCUACUUCAAACUGGUGUCGGCCCAGAACGGGGACUUCCCCCGCUGGGGUGACUACGAGGAUAAACGAGACCUCAAUUAUAUCCGGGAGCUGAUCCGGACUGGUGGGUGGUUCGAUGGUACGACGCAGGAAUAUCCCCCUGCUGACCCCAAGGAGCACAUGUAUGCUCCCAAGUAUCUGCUCAAGAACUACCAGCAGUUCCACUACUUGCUGGAGAACCCGUACCGAAAAGCAGAGGGGGCUGGUUGAGACCACUGGGACUCAUGGGAAAUCAGAACUUCACAACAAAGGGAAAGAUUCGGGUGUUUGUCUGUUCCUUUCUUUUUUGUUUUCUUUGAUUCCAGGUGGGGUGUGCCAUUUCUCCAUGGUCUCCGUCCUCCCUCCCUUCUCUCCUUCCCAGGGUGAUGCCUGGGGACAAAUUCCUCAGCCAACUGAAGGGAGACCUGGGCAGGAGGAGGGGAGAGGUGUGGGACCUAUGGCAGUAGCAUAAAGACCUCCCAGCGUCUCCUGGACUUUUCUGCUGGCUGGAGAGGAUUGCUGCAUCCAGCUGCUGGGUUCCUCCUGGGGGGGCUGGGAGGGUCCCCAGAGGAGAGAGGGCAGCUGUUCCCAACCACCUUCAUCUGUUGUUGAUCGGGGCAAGCACAGAUGUGAGCCUGAGCUGUUCAGUGAGCAUGCGAGUCAGCAGGCACAAAGCGAUGCAAGGGGUCACGUGUGCAGAUGUGUGUCACAGGCAUUUUUUGGAUGAGUGAAUGUGCAAAAGCAUCUCCGUAUGCAUUUUUUUUUAUACCUCUAUGUUCAAAGUAUUUUGAGGAAAGCAAAUCCUUUGCUUCCAAGGUGUUCUUCCCAACACGCUGCUUCCUCCCACAAAUUUAGUAUAUCUGUCCAGGGCUGUCUCUUGGCCUGAUGUUCUACCAGACCUGAAGCAGGCAGGUGGGAAGCAGAGAAGAAAGCUGAUUUUUUUUAAUUUUAAUUUUGAUUUUUUUCUUUCUGUUUACUCCUUUUUCACCCUGCCCCCACAACACUGCACUGGCUUGCUCCACAGGAGCUGAAGCAUCUUCCCUGCAGCAUUUGGGUCUGAGAUAAGCUGCAGGGGACUAAAUCAGAUGGCGGGAGUAUAUGUUUACAAGUGCAUGGUUUCGUAUGUGCAUGAGUGCUAACAUGCAUGGUUUUGGUAUGCACGUGGGUGUUUGUAACUGGUGUUGGGAGGGGAGGGGUCAAAGUUGGUCUUGGGUGGUGUGCGUGUUUUCAGGAAAUGGUGAGAUCCAUAAACUGUGAUCUGUCUUGUCAUGGAUGACAUUUCGGGGAGAGCAUCAGCUCCGCGUAGCAGGGUGUGCCAUGUGGAGCUGUUACAUGCCUCUCUGGCUGCCUUUGCACCCUUGUGGGCUGUGCCUGCUGCAAGGCUGCUGUUUACAUGUGCUGGCUAUUCCUUCUUGCCAUGGGGGAAAUGAGAGGAGAAGGGCAAAGCUCUGAGUCACCGAUGGGUGUUGCGGGGAAACACAAAGCAUGUCAAGGCACAGGACCCAUUGGGAGCUUGUGGAGAAUGGGGCUGUGUGUAGACUCCCUCUGGGGCCAGAAGACUUUUCUGGGACAAUCAUGCAAUCCACAGCCUGGGCCAUGCAGAUGAGACCGUGCAGAGUAGAGGAGAUGUAGGAUGACAUUCCUUGCAGCUGGUGGGCCAGUGUCCACACAGAGCUGGCCACUCAUGGGUAGCCAAGAUCUGGCCUGUUGCUGUACUGGGUUGGUUCAGCUCAUUGAGGAGGCAGAUUGGCAUCUCCGCCCUCACCACCCUUCCUUAGCAGAUGGCUUGACAGGGUGCCCAGAGCCCGCACUGUGGUGGGAAGCAGGAGAAAAACAUGAACGUGCUCUGUUAGCCUUACAGUGGAAAUAUUGGCUCAUCUUCCAAACAAAUAAGUGAGGAUCAUGUGGAGGAAGAAAAUGUUGUCAUAACGAAGAGUGACCCUGACAUCAGGCCAGCUAUGCUGGAGCAAGAGGGUUUCCAUUGCUCUCAACUCACUCCAUCAGGGCUUCAUAUUCCCAUGUCAUCCAGCCCAUUCUCUCCAUUGUACUCCAUUCCUACCUUUGUGUCUCUCUCUUCCUCUAUUCGCUUCUCUAGAGAAGUGAAAAACAUCAGGAAAGAUAAUUUGGUUCCCUAAGAAGACUGAAAUUUGAACAGAAAGAUGAAUGUUGUUUUUCUGAUCAAACUGAGUUGGAGUUCAUCUUAGCUCUUUCCCCCAUAUCAUGUGCUGUAAUGCCUGCUUGGAAGAAUGGAGGGAUCCCCUCUUUUCUUGUUGGUUGUUUUUUUCUUUGUUUUGUUUUGUUUUUAAUAUAUAUAUAUGUAUGUUGCUGUUUUCCCUUGUGAUGUGUGUCUCCCAAGGGGAGGAAAGUCCCUUUGAGAGCUUAGCAGGAGAAGGCUUGGUGGGCGGAAUGCUCUCCUCUCAAAGGGAAGCUGUGGCUCUGCCGAGCUCUGUCUUGUUGAUGCAGGAGGGCAUCUUGCCACGGUCACAGGGAGAUCUUAGGCAGGGAGAGACUGUAGCGAAAUAAGAGCUCAGCUGAGAAAGGAGGAGUCACAUUUAGCAAGAUUAGAGUGGUAGCGCUGAGACUGCUGCAUGAGAGCUUUCCCCAGGGAUAGCCAGAGGAGAGCCCAGUGUAUUAACACAAGGGAUUUGGUAGCAGUAACUUGAAAAGUAAAAAGGGAAGAAGCUAUUCUUCAUUUUUAAUCUAGGACCUACAUUCAGGCAUUGCCUUGCCUAGAGAGAAGUCAGUCUUUGCAUGGGUGCUUUGGGAGCAGGAGAACCCCACGAAGAAUGGGCUGAAGUGCACACGUGCUGAGGCUGCACGACCCAGUCUGCAGUGGGAGCAGCCUCUUCCUUCCUCCCAGCCCUUCCCAUACAUGGGCUCCCUUGGGGAUUUUUAGUGCAUUGCAAGUUGUGUUUUCAUCUCUGGGGUAUGGUUUUUGUCUCAAGAGAUUCAGAUAAGCCAUAACUGCAGUUAUCAGCGUCUCCUGUUCCCAAAGUUCAGCCUCUUCCCUUCCCUCUCCUCUCCUCCACUAUUUGCUCCAUUGUUCUCCUCCUCUCCCUUCUGAGAAGGUCCCACUGGAACGGGGCGAGAGCAGUGCUGGGGCUCUUCUGCAUGACUCUGGCCCUGUCCACCUCCUGGAUGUCUCCAUUUCCUUAUUCUUAGGAAAUCAAAUUUAAAACAGGCUUCUGUUGUGGCUGGAGGAAGGGACUUCACAGCUGAAAUGCAUUUUUUCUUUUUCUUUCUCAAGAAUCAUCCAGUGUUUUGAUUUAAGGCCAAACCAGUUAAUGUUCCUGUUGUUUCUGUAAGCCCUGUGUUUAUUAUCCUUAGGGAGUUGGAGUGCUUGUCAUUAAAAAUCUUCCAUCAUCUCCCUUGAGGGAUGGAGACAAGCACGAUGACUUUUGCACAGCGAUUUCCCAAGGUGGUGGCUUGCCCUCUGUCCAACCUCCCCGCACCCGGUGUGUGGGACAGCCACCUCUGUCUGAGCCAGACAGUGAAGUUUGGAAAGGGAAGAACUGAAAACCAAAUCCCAUUCUGCACCAGGACUGGUGGUUGAAGCGAAGCCAUGAGCCCACUGCCUCUCUGGGACCAACGUUGUCUGUGGUUCACCAACCUUUCCCUGCAGCUCUGUGCUUUCUCUUCCCCAGAACCUUUCCACCUUCAGAUUAAUUGGUGUAAGAGAAGGCCAGGUAGAUGAGGCAGCACUGUACUUUGUGCAUCCCUAUACUUUGCCCUUCUUUCUGCCCAACUCUGCUCCACUUCCUUUGUGCCCAUGCGUGGCUUUGGGGCGGGGAGCUCCUCUUCUUCCUUCCUCCCAGGUGAAGGAGAAGAUGUGGGCUAAUGCCCCUGCUCCUACAGAGGAACAAAGGCGGUGAGGUGGUGCAGUACCCAGCGAGGGAUAGGAUGGGGUUGUGUCUGCAUGAAGGACAGUGCACUCAAGUCUGCUCUCACUUUUGCUUUCUCUGAUCCCUGUGUCCUGCUGAGGUGUUUGCUGUUGUGCAGCCUGUACUUUGUGCCUCUGUGCAGGAUAAAGGAAGGGGACCUUGUGGCCUCCAGGUAACGUACGAGUCGGGGUGGGGGCAGUGUCAGUGCAGAACAGGUAUUCGUUCCCCUGGUGCCUCUCAGCGUGUCCUUGUGGGGUGGCAGUGUCUCAUCCUGUCCUGCUGCUCCUGCCAGCACUCCGUGGCUGCUAUGCCUCUGCACUGUGAAGACGUGUCGGGAGUCACUCCUGGUCCUGUCAGCAAACACUGGUGGUGAAGAGGGAAGGGGUGGCUCAUCCUGGCCUCACUGACCUCAAGGCUUGGUGAGAAGGGAGGGAAGUGUGGUAGAAUGGAUCCCAAAUCCCUCUAUUGCUGCGUUUUCCCUAUCCACCAAAAAAUCUUCUGAUUUCUGAGACAUUGGACAAAUCUGCUCUUAUAUCAAAAAAGAGGGGGAGCUGGAGGGGCUUGAAUCCAGCACCAAGGAGAGCUGUUACUGAUGCAAUAUACCAACAUCUAAAGCAUUGGGGACUACAGAUGAUGGCUUAAAAAGGGAUCUGAAAUGCUCUGAAACUAAGAAUCAAAGCCACUGUUGUUUUUUUUUUUUUCCUUCCUGUGAGGAUGGUGAUGCAGAAUCAUCCUGGAGGAGGCCCAGCAGCACUGCUGACGCUGGGCUCCACCUGGACCUGCUGGUGGUGUUGCCACUGGGAUGGCCCCAGGACGCUGUAUUGGCAAAAGAAUGCUCGGACUUGCCAAAAACAAGUGGAAAAAAAAAAAAAAAGAAGAAAAAAAAUUAAAAAUAAGUCUGCAAAGCUCCUUUCCACUCUGUAAUUUAUAAACAGCAAGUAAUAAUGAACUUUUUGUAAGGAUAAAUCAAAUGUACAUUCUGAAAUCAUUUUCUCUGUAAAUGGUUGGAUUUCAUUUCACCCUUAAAGGGAUGCUUAAAAGGAGGAAAUAAUAAAAAUAAUUAAAAAAAUUUACAAAGUCUGAAAGGAAACCAA